AUGCUUGGGAGAAGCCAUAUUGAUAUCUUCAAAAUCGUCCUCCAACGUUUGAAGGCCUGUCACCCUCAGGCAGAUCUUCAAACGUUGGAGGACGAUUUUGAAGAUAUCAAUAUGGCUAUCGAAGAAUUAAAAAUAUUAGAAAAUAUUUAUACUGAUGCUAAAAAAACACUUGAAUCUUCGUCCUCCACAAUGAAUCAAGAAUAG